AUGCCUUCGGGGCUGGAAGAAGCGGGGCUUGUCAUGGCGGCGUUUCCCUUGCUCAUCAGCCUGGUUGACGAGUACCGCCAAGGACUGGAUCUAAUCAAAAGAUGGAUGAGAUAUAAGAAAACCCUCCGAAGCUUACGCCGCGUGUUUGCUGCGGAAAAGCAGGUAUUCGAGAAUGCAUGCUACAAGCUCAUCGAAGCUGUCUUCAAUGACGAUGGCCACACAGCUAGACGACUCCUAAGCGAUGGCCUUGGAAGUGCCUGGAAGGAUAGCAACAUCGACAGGAAGCUCCAGCAAGCCCUUGGCCCAGAGAAUUGGGCAGUAUUCGGGGGCAUCAUGUCUGAGAUCCAGAGCAUGCUUAGUAAGCUGCUUGCCGAGCUUCAGCGACAUAUUUCGAUCAAUAAAUCUUCGAGGUUACACGCUGAAGUACAGGCUCUAUCAGCGAGGUUCCAUUUGGUGUUUGGUAAUAAGGAGGCUUCCCUCGAAGAGCUCCAUAGACUGAUUGAUGUCUUCCAAAAUCUCACCAAGGGCGUAAAAAUGCGCCAGAGAGAAGUCUUGAAGGUCGGCGCCGCUGAUGAGUUCCGGAAAUUCCGCCAGAAAGCCUGCGAACUCUGCGAGGUGAUCAACCAGAGUUUCAGAUGUGGCUGCUCGACGCAACACGUCGUGAAUUUACGUCUUGGGACACCAGAUGGCACACCAAUCUCGACUGAGGCAGGUGCACUUGAGACAUUUGAUGUGGAAUUUCAAUCUGGGUUGAACUGGACAGCGACCUCUGUCAAGCGAAGACCACUAAAACACUCCGCCCCCGGCGGCUGCCGUCAUAUCAACAACCUUUGUGUAUAUUUGCGACAACCCCAAACACUCGGGGCUGCGGGGUGCCUUGGAUAUAUCGGGGUUGAAGAUCCACUAGCAAGUGGCGAGAGCUGCUAUUGUAUCCAGCCAGGAUCGUUAUCGAAGGAACGGCCCCGAGUGGUAAGUCUGUACCAGGUCCUAUCAUCACAGCGGCGACAUAGCAGGUUCCCCUUCUACGAAAGAGACCGUCUGAAAUUGGCGAUUAUCUUAACAACAUCAUUAAUGCGGCUUCACUCGACGCCUUGGCUACAAGACAUGUGGACAACGAGCGAUAUCCUUUUUCGCCCUCUCAAUGAUGACCUGGACGAAGAGGCUGUGCUUCAGCCUUACGUGGCUCAGACAUUUCCCAGCACCGCAGGGGCAACGAGGUCCAAAGCACCCCCAAUGGUUCGGAAUGCGGCGUUGUACGCGUUGGGCAAGGUCUUGAUCCAGUUGAUUGAAAGUCGACCUCUAGCUGAUGAAAAUCAUCUUAAUCAGAUUGCUAGUGGUGGGCUCGUGGAUCCUGAACUGGAACUGGCGGCAGGGUUGGAGCCGACCAUCUUUCGGAAGGCGGGAAAGACGUGGGCAGAUGUUGUGCGGAGAUGUCUUUACUGUGAAUUCGAUGUAGACACAACCUCUGCCCGACUUGACAAUGACGAAUUCCUCCUGCGUGUCCACGCUUUGGUGCUAAACCCGCUGGCAGACGCGUUAGAACGGAUGGGAAAGGUCCUCUGA